AUGUCAGAUCAUGCGAGGGUCCUCGAACUUCUGGCUGAGAAGCCAAUGCGUCCAAUCCUCGAACUUCUGGCUGAGAAGCCAAUGCGUACACUCCUAGAGGAGUUCCAGGCUAAUCGUAUCAAAAGGGGUAGCCUUAGAAUAGCUCUCCGAAUUUUUAUCUGGAACCUGGACACAUUCUGGGGAUAUUUGUUGCGCGAAAAAGAGUGGUUAUCGAAAAUAUCGUUACCGAUUGCUUUGGACUUUACACUUACCGAUAGAGCUGAUUAUUCCAUAUACAACCAUCUCAUUUGUGCUAUUGAAAAAGGCUACGACGAUAUUUUCAUCUUACAAACCUUUACUAAUCUUGCUGGAACCCUAUCAUGCUACUUAUUUCCAUCCCUUCCUUUUCUGAGAAUCCCAUCCUCCCCUAUGAAUAGCUCGAAUUCAGUUCUACGCAAUGUUCCAGAAGAAUGUUCGCAUCUUCCUGCCACUCCCACGGAAUACUUUGAAAAAGAACUCGGCCACCAGUCGUUUACUUGUAUUUUAAAAUUUUGGGAUAGAUUUUUCGAAGGUAAAGACUGGUCUGAUCAAACAAAGCGGAUUUGGGAGGGCUAUAAAAAUUACAAAAAUGACUCAAACCCCAAUAAAUUCCGCUUCAACUUGGCUGAGCAGGGGGUCUGGGACUGGCUCGCUUCAUUUAAUAAUCUAUUUUUAAGUCAGUUUACGGAAUCUCCAUGGCCACUAUCGGAGCAUUUUCCUACUCUUAACAGAAACGAAAAUGACAUUCAGCUCCGUGGAAAAAUCUGUCUUUUAGGAAUGAUUAAAAGAUGGGAAAAUUACAAGUAUCAGGGUCAGCUCGAUUUCCAUAUUAGACGUGCUAGCCGGCCUGGAGAGUCUAAUGACUGGGAAGAUGUAAGGGUGGUGGCUGGAUUUUCCUCAAAACCUGCAAAAGAUAGGAGGAAAGUAAAGUUUAUCGAAAUGGCAGCUUAUGUUUCGGAAAUAUUUACUAGACAGCCACUGCGUCGAUUUGUGCAUGGAUUCUGCUUGUUCGAUAAGGAAAUUGAGUUCUGGCUGAUUGAUCGAACGGGUGCUUUCAGCUCGGGACUUAUUAGCAUCGAAGAUGAUGAGCGGGCUUUGGUCCGUGCCAUCUCCUCAUAUUUACUUAUGAGUGACGAAGAGCUGGGUCUCGAUACCACCAUUCGCCAAGUCGAUGAACGGUCCAUGAUCACAAUUGCCAAUGGUGAGUCUGGGGAGACCAGAGAGAUAGAAAUCGACCCUAAACCCUUGACCCAUCCACGAAAACUGCUUUCCAAUGGCACCACUUGCUAUCGCUCGCUUGAUGAUAAAUUACUAGUCAAAUAUUCAUGGCGCAAAAUUUGUGGAAAAGGCGAGAUAGACUUAUUAAAAGAAGCACUCCCGAUCAAGGGUGUGAUCAACCUAGUGGCAUCAGAUACCAUUCAUAGAUUUACUGAUAAUUGGGAAAAUCUACUUUCUUUGCGUCCUAAAAGAUGGUACCUGGCUGAAGAAAGACAAUUUUUCGAAUAUUCUGAUGAAGAAUCAUACAAAACUUCUGAGUUUAGCGACUACGAACUAAAUAGAGUCGUUCUAUCACCAUAUGGACGUCCACUUAAAUCUUGUACAUCAGUACUACAAUUUCUCACUGUCAUACGAGAUGCAAUCAUGGGGCAUCAGCGUCUUUACUACGAGAAAAGAAUUACCCACGGCGAUAUCUCUCAAGGCAAUAUCAUUAUAGUAACGCCAUCAGAGGAGGAUAGAUCGAGAGGGAUGUUGAUCGAUCUUGACAAUUCAAUUUCGUGGUAUGACGAGUAUUUAUCGAAAAAAUUAAGACGUUUCGCAGGCACAAUAAAGUACAUGGCGCUUGAAGUUUUGCUAUGCAACGCAGGACAUAUAUCAAGCUUGAGUGCAGACUACCAACAUUAUCACAAAUUUGACCUAGAAUCAUUUUUCUAUGUGUUCUUAAUAGGAUGCGUAGAAUAUGGACGUGAUAGUGAUCAGCCAAUGCAUAAUUUAGCAUCGUGGGACACAGACAAUAUACAUCGUAAUGUAGAAAAUAAGAUAAAUGACAUGCAAUGGAAAUUUGAGGACCUUAUCAACAUCAAAUUCUCAAGCAGUUUCGUAGAUGUCAAGGACUUGGCCAUUGAGCUACAUAAGAUUUUUUUUGGAAUUUCUGGAGAUAAUUUCAGGCAUGCCGCCCAUGAGAAUUCGAUGUACAACAAGAUGAUUUCGGCGUUCAAUAGAACCAUCGGACAGAUUGAAGCCGGAAAAAUUCCAAACAGAACGUGGACCGAUAAGAAGACUGCAGGCGCAUGA